AUGUCCACCAAGUUCCCCGCUCCCUCACAUCCAUCCUCUAACAGCAUGACCAUAGUCUCAGACGACCCUAGUUAUUGGCCACUCAUCAACUCUCGGCGUAUUGCCAGCUAUUUUGUAGUUGCCGCCUUUGUUGGAGUGAUGUAUGAUUGGGCGCUUUCGUUCGGACAAGAGGUCGAACUGGUCUGGAGGCAACGUUGGUCCCUGAUGACCGUUCUCUAUCUGAGUGUGCGCUAUCUCGGAAUGUUAUUUUCUUUCCUGGGCAUACUGAUGACAUACAGUCGGUGUUCCGACGAUCUUGUUGACAGAUGCAGUGAGUCUUCUGCACCAAUGCCUGCUAUUCCUAUCCAAUUAACCGCGACCCCCUAUGUGAGCCAGAUACUGUUCUUCGUGUGGAAUUGGACGGAGAAUGUGGCAUUUUCAAUGCUGUGUGUCAUCACGAUCGCUCGGUUACAUGCCAUGUAUCAACGAUCCAGAAGGAUCAUGAUAUUUCUCGUCGUCGUGAGCUUGGCUGUCAACAUUUACGACGGAGUGGUCAUGGCAAUGGCAACGAGGCUUAUUUCAGGGGAGGAACUCAUUCUCUCCGGCACCUAUCAGUGCGCCAUUGACUUUGCGGAAGAUGAUAUCGUACUUCUGGGUUCCAUUACUUGGAUACUUGGCGCUGUUUGGGAGGUCCUCGCACUGUGCCUCGCAGUCUGGAUUGCUUUCAAACACUUCCGUGAACUGCGACAACAUUCGGCAGAAGAGAUUAUCGGGGACUGUUUCACGGUGUUGAUAAAAUCCCACGUGCUUUACUUUGCGAGUUACGUUGCCGUGUCUUGCUUCAUCCUCGUUGUUUAUUUUUCUCCGACAAUCUCAUCGGACUUAUUUUCCGCGGAAAUUCAGGUUUUUCUUGGUCUUGUUCAGUUUUUGACAGUCAUGCAGUGCUUUGUGCUGGGACCACGCCUCAUCCUUAGCGUUCGGGAAUAUAACGCUCGGCUCGUGGCAGACUCUGACGCAGCAACAGCCAUGACCUCAAUCGCUUUCCAGGAGCGCGUGCAUAUAUCGACUGGCAGUGGUGUAUAG